AUGCUUGCUGUCGAAGGAUGCGUCCGGCGAGGGGGUUCCAAGAAGCUUAUGAAACCUAGCAACGAGGAGGUGAAGGAUGCUGUGGCCGGGUUGACGAACGCUGUGAAACUUUUCAGAGAUGUCGCUACUGAGGCUGACGUUGGUGACCCAUUUUCAUUCUCGGCUACCAUUUUACGGGCACACGAAGAUGACACCGAUCACAUUGUAGCUCGUGGGAAGCUCGACAGUGGGUGCGACGAGAAUUGGGUUGCUAUGGAAGUGGUGCAACGGGGCAAUCUGCAGGAUGACAUGGAGGAAAUCGAAGAUGGCGAGACGUAUUUUGCAUUUGGUGGACAGGAGUUCUCACCCACGGGUCGGAUCGACAUCACCUGGUACGCCGUGAAUGCUGGAAAAUCUCGGAAAACCACAUUUCUAGUGCAUGAAAACCCUCCGUUUGAUCUGGUCCCAGGCAGGGUAUUCAUCGCCAAGGAGAGCAUCUUCGUCUUUGACAAAGCAGCAUUGGCGCUGCGGCAUGGAAAAUUCUCCCCAGAAGAGCACCGCAUCAUUGAAGAGGAUGCCCGGAAGCAGAAUGCCACCAGUGACCAACUCGGUCAGAUCCGCAGAGCGGAGGAAGCAUCUGCAAGGGAAAGACGAAGGCAGCAGAAAGCCUCCUCGCGCAUGAGCAUGACUCCCGCUUCACAGUCCACCAUUAGCCUCUUGUCGGGCACGGGGGCAUACACGAAUCUUUCUACGAUUCCUCAGCGACUCUCAAGUCUGUCUCAAACUCUGAGUGCUGGAUCAGCAGCGCAAAGUGCAGGCACGCAGUCGCCGUCCACGCCAGCUCAGCAGCCUGGUGUGCCGCCAGACCCAGGCGCAAGUGGAACUUCUGCUGGUCUUUCUGGGACUACGAACAACACAUGA